UUUCAAUCAGUCUUUUGGAAUUCGCGAUACGAUGCGGUCGCCGUACGAAGAAAGCGCUGCUGCCGCCGACCACAAGUACCAAUACCAGUACACCGCGGCCAAUAAUAACAAUAAUUACUAUAAAAACUAUAAUGUGAAUGGCAAUGGGCAGGCGAAUGGAAAUGGGAAUAUAAGUGGAAGUGGAAAUGGAAAUGGAAAUGGUAAUGGCAAUGGAAAUGGAAUACCUUAUCACGCGCGCGAGAAUUCGCUGCCAUUUAGCUAUGGCAUAGCCAAAACCAAUACGACGCUGCGCAAAACUCCAACACCGACGCGUGUGGAUAGUUUUCUAGACUUUGACUUUGGAACCACUACGAAUGGGAGUUCGGGUACUGGGACUAACGAUAUGAUAAAGCCCCCCACCCGGCUGACGAGCCCUUUGCUGGUGCGCAAAACGCUGGGCAACGGUGCUAGUCCCACCAGUUCGACGAACACCAAUACCAUAGCCAACACGUACCACUACAGGUCGAGCAGCGCAACGCCGACGCCGACGCCGCUGAGAGAUAAUUUCGAGCAGCUGCUGCGGGAGCGACGCGAAAAGGUCUAUAACGAAUAUAGGAGCACGGAGAGGGAGUCGUCGGGGGAGCGGCGCGGAGCAGCGCCCACUCCUCCCCAGAGGCAGUACUAUCCCAGCGAUUCCUAUGGCAAUGGUGUGAGGAAUGGAAACGGCAGCAACGGCAACGGAACCCUAUACCGAAACAGUCCCUCAAACGGUAAUGGCCAGUCAACCAAAUACAACUACGAUUUCGAGUUCAAUCUAAACCUGGAGGAUGUCAAGCCUGAACCCACUCCCUACACCACGCGAAAUAUCCAGUUCGAGGAUCUGCGACUCGAUCAGGAUGUGCCAGAUGGCGUGGUCAAUCGGCGGACCAUGGAACGCAAUUAUCACACAAUUAACAGCUUGGAGGCGACCCACAAACGCCAGCAGUUGGAGCCGUUGGAGCAACUGGGCGCCGUUUAUGGCCAGAACCACAUGGAGGAGACACUCGCGCGCACUCGCCGCGAUCUCUCCGCAUCCACGAGGUCCACAUCCAAGUCCACCUCGCCAUUGCCAUUGGCGUUGCCAGCCCCAGCUUCGCCCAUCUAUGCCACCAGCACGAAGAGAGUGAGCAACCCAAAUACCAAUGGCCAAUACCAGCAGCAGAUGACGCCUAGUCCCACCGGCAGGCCAGAAACGCCCGCCUUUCCGGUCACGCCGCGCACUCCUUUUGGGGCAUCAUCAUCCUCUUCGUCUUUGUCAACGACGACGACGUCGCCGACCCAGUUGCCCCCGGCGGAGUCCAUCUACCAAACAGGGCCACGUCGGGGUGUGCCGCCCCCCGCCGCCGCUCUGCAGCCCCUCGAGGUGUCUGCCGAUUCGGUGAGAUUUGCCCGGAAUUCGGCCAAGUUCUGGUACAAGCCCAAUCUGACGCGUGAGGAUGCCAUCGCUCUGCUGGCCUCCGCCCAGCCGGGCACCUUCCUGGUGCGCGACUCCACCACCUACAAGAACUCCUAUGGCCUGGUGGUGCGGGUGGCCCAGCCGCCUGCCGGCUCCCAGGAGCUGGUGCGCCACUUCCUCAUCGAACCCACCAAGGGGGGAGUGCAUCUGAAGGGCUGCGAUGACGAGCCGGUGUUCACCUCACUGUCCGCACUGGUCUUCGAGCAUUCCAUAAGCCAGCUGGCGUUGCCCUGCCUGCUCCGUCUGCCCGAUCGCGACAUAGUGCCACCGGUGAGGGCCACCACGCCGGCCCAGCAGCAUCUGAUUGCCCACGGGGCGGCCACCAAUGUGCUGUGGCUCUACUCCUGCGACACGGAAUCGCUGACCGGCAACGAGGCCAUUCGCAAGGCCAUCCGGCUGAUGUACGCCCAGCGACCAGCGCCGCAGCCCACGGAGGUGCACUUCAAGGUCUCCUCGCAGGGCAUCACGCUCACGGAUAAUACGCGCAAGAAGUUCUUCCGCAAGCACUAUACGGCGGAUGUCAUCUCGCACUGUGCCAUCGAUCCGGAGAACCGGAUGUGGACCAGCGAGGGCGAGGCCGACAAGAAGACCAUCUUUGCGUUCGUGGCCCGGAGGUCGCACAGCUCCACGGACAACCAGUGCCAUGUCUUCUGCGACCUGUCUGUCAGCCAGCCGGCGGCGGCUAUUGUCUCAUUCGCCAAUCGAACGCUGCCCACCGAAAAACUGCGCAACUACGUCCUGUAGAAAGGGGGCGUGGCACGGGACAACAGGUCAGCAGGGCGGAUUCCACUGCCACCCCAAAGUGGAGUGGCGCAAAAGCAGGCUAAUGGAAUUAGUCGGCUAUGCGGAGGAGGAGCCCAGUGCUGUAAGAUGUACUAACUAAUCACUUUACGAAAUUGUGUCUUGCGAUAUAAUGAGCUUAACUACGAAUAUGUUAACAGAAAUGAUGUCAGCCGUAGUUUAUUUAGACACGCACACACUCAGAAGUCGGCGAUAUUUAUGGCAAGCUAAAACAUAUGUACACAUGUGAAUUAUCAACUUGAAUUGACUAAAUGAACAGUGGGACAAGUGGAUUCUCGGGUCCGAUAACACUAUUUGAAAACACCUAUUCAUUAUUGUUUAUACGGCCAAGGUAUAAACAACUUUAUGAAGACGAUAUACAUACAUUUCGGACGUAUCCUUGAGUCAUUUUAAGGAAUCUCGUACCACUGUGCCAAGGAUGAAGUGAAAUUGAUCACUGAGAGUUGACGGUUUACUAGCAAAAACACUGAGGAUGUGUAUAUAUUUUCGAGUCGCGUGUAUUGAUAUAAGGUGCGCUUGUCAGACAAAGGGAAUUAAACUAAUCUACCACAUAAUUUUAAACCGAUUAAUGUUAAUUUAGAAAGUUGUUGAAUAAAACCCAAAUGUGCAGGCUAUCCCAGGUAGCUUGCACUCUAAUUUAUACCAGUAAUAUCUAUAUAAAUAUAUGUAUACGCUUAAGCUCUACUAAUGCAGUCAAUACAAAUAAAGUGCAAUGUUGUUGAACAGAUUAAAAA